ACAUUUUUUUCACAACUAAUCUAAUGACUGCGAUAAUUAGUGUGACGGUGUAGUUGACGCCCAAACACGCAAAGUGUGGCAACUGUGGAUAUACAGUAUUUAUUUUUGCCAAUAGAAAAAAAAAAUUAACCGUUUUUCGUGAAAAACCCUUAUUGUCUUAAAUGAUAAUUGACGCCGCCACAAUUUCUUUUUCAAUACAACCGAGUGCGCGUCAAUUGUUCGCGGUAGAUCGCUAAUUGCGAGCCAAUCCAGUCACUAUCCCCGCGAAUUCCAUGAGUCCCUCAUUACAGCAACCACAAACUGAUAACAAUUUCAACUACGAAUGGACAACGUGAUGUUAUGUGAGUCAUCCUGAAGGACGCUGUAGAUUUCUGACCGAAGUGUUAGUUUGAACUAUGUAAGUGCAACGGGGCAUCAAAACGUACUACUAAGACACAAAAACAUGAGUCACUUGUAAGGCGAUAGCAUCAACCUGAUGACGUCAUAUGUGAGCGCCUCCGCUGGCCUUCGAGAUGGGCUCGACUUCUGAGCCUUGAUUUUUGUCACACAUCGCUCAUCCUCUCUCCUUAUUUCCAACCCUCAGCAAAGUCCUUCCGCGAUGACAAUUGGAGGAGAAUUGCCAGCGGAAGUCAGCCCGGGGAUUUCAGAGCUGGUGCCUGCGUGGCUCGACUGGCUUGCGAGUGUCUGCCCCUGCGGCGUGCAGUGAAUUUACUUUGUCGGACUCAACGUUGCGAUGAAACCGGCUCAGGAACGCAACCAGGAGUGUCUGCCUCCUAAGAAGAGGGACCUGCCUGUUCGUAACUGUGGCGGCACUGCAGGGAUACCAGGAGCGGCGUCUACCGUUGAAAGAGGAGGAGGAAGUGUGGGUGCCAGCGGUGGAGGAAGCACUGUUGCAGAGGAUGAAGUGGGCUCCAUCUCGAACUGUGCAGCCAACAGUGACUCUCAGGGAGGGCCUCCGUCCGGGGAGUGGCUGCGAGCUCAGCCAGGACUUCACUACGGCGUGGACACUUCUGAGGGCAUAUCAGCAGUGCCAGUAGACCAAUACAGUAUGCUUUAUAAAGUGGCUCUACCGUCUGUUACAUACUCGCCCACCAGUCCUCACACAGUGUUAAGCCACAUCUCUCCAGCCUACACUGUACACUCGCCCCUCCUGCAGCAUCCGGGCCUUCCUUAUCCUCCUCUGGGCUACACGCAGCUCCCUCAUUCCUCCCUCCAGUUCGUCAGCUCCCCGUAUGCGGCCUUACCGUACGCUUUGCCCCCAGGCUUUGUCCCCGGUUCAUUAAUUUCACCUUCAGCGACCAUCUCUCAGGCCCAUGCCGUGUCGCACCUCGUCCCUUACCAGUCUGUCAUACAAGAAGGUGUGGUCUCACCACCUCCUCAGGCUCAGGUAGCCACUCAUACCUUUGCCAAAGUUUCUGCAUCCGGCAGCGUUCCGCUGAUGCUGCCUACAGAGCAGGCCGCCCAGCAGCAACUCGGGGCUGUCGGCGUCUUGUCCGGCGCAGAGCUCACCUCGCGGGGCUUGCCGGUCUUCUACCAUCCUCAGGGUGCUGCCAGAGCCAUCGCCGCCUCCAGGGACACCCACAGUGUGCAUCAGGAAAAGGAGCCAGAGAUAAAUGGAGGUGAUAAGGACCGCGGGGGCAGGGAACUUGUGUUGGACUCGCUCUACCCAAUCAGGAACACGCGAGUGCAGCAAGUAGCCGCCCUACCCGGAGCGCACGAGACCAACCAGAAACGCAAGCUGAGCUCACCCUGCCAUCGCAGCACUCCAGACAGUGACCUCGAGGUGCAGCAGGUGGUUGGCAGUUUGACCUCCUCCUCCUCCUCCUCCUCCUCCAACCAAGGUGUCAGCGGAGGGCGUAAAGAGGUCUCCUUCGCCCCCAUGAAUCUGUCGCAGAGUAUGCAGCGAGCCAGAGAUGUCCACGGAGAAAACCCGGCUCUCGCUUCUGGCCAGUCCGGGUACCUGGUCCAACAUGUAAGCUACGGUGAGCCCAGAGUGAGUGGACUGCAGCAGCAAAAACAACAUGCGGGUCCGCCGUCCCACGCUGUCAUGCUAGCCAAUGGGCAGCCGAUGCUCGUCCCUGUGGAGUAUCACCCACAGCCUCAGCAACAGGCCAAUGACAGCUCUCCUAAGUCCUCCCUUAAAACCUCAGAUCUUUCAGGCCGGGCGUGCCUCCCUGAGAGGGCCGUGGGUGAGCCGGUCAUACCUCAGCAGCAGCCCCCCGCUGAGGUGACCCAGGUCUUAGCUCCAAGCACUGUCCCCGGACCAGCCACUGCCAACCCGUCACACUUCAUGAAGGGCGCCAUUAUCCAGCUGGCCACUGGGGAGCUGAAGCGCGUGGAGGACCUGCAGACUCAGGACUUUGUGCGCAGCGCUGAGCUUAGUGGGGGUCUGAAAAUCGACUCAAGCAUGGUGGUGGACAUUCGCGCCAGCCAACAGAGGCCCGAUCUCGUGACGCUGCACUUUACCGUGGGGGAGCAGCAGAGCAAAGUGACCAUCGAUGUACCCCCGGAGCACCCUUUUUUCGUGUUUGGCCAAGGCUGGUCAUCCUACAGCCCGGACCGCACAGCACAGCUUUACGGCCUGGCCUGCCAUCAGAUGCAAGUUGGGGACGUGUGCGUGUCCAUCACACUGCAGCAAAAAGCCGCCGUGCAACACCAUCACCCCCAACAGCAGAAUGUGGCUAGGACGUUGAGCAAAAGCGCUUCUGCGUCGGAACCCGUUCAGCAGGUCAUGGGGCCGCCCGCCCCGCAGCACUCGCGUCCUCAGACUCAUUUCAGGGCAGAGCGCAUGCACAGAGACAGGCCGAGGGAGGCGGAGAAAGACACGGCGGACAAGGAAGAAGCCACACACCACCCCGAGCCCCACGUCAGACCGAGUCGGACCUCAGGCGAGCACCCCAGGAGUCAGGGCGGCUACCAGUUGCACACGGAUGCCUCUGCCUUGGCGGGUGCCGCCAUGGGGGCCGUGCUUGGUGCUUCUCAGAGGCGCUGGUCCUCACCUGGCCUCCAAAGAUACAGUACGAAGGGAGAGCAUGGCGCCUGUCCACAGAUCAGCACCUCUGGACACAUCCGGCCCUCUUUUAUCCCCCAAGAGGUCAAACUGUCCAUCGAAGGACGCUCCAAUGCAGGGAAGUAGCAACGCCGUUCUGUGGAAAUUAGGGCUGAACGAUUAAUCGAAAUCAAACCGACAUCACAAUGAUUUAGAAUGCAUGACAGUCACAUUCUGCAUUGUUUCUAACUUGCCAUCCACAGUCAUGGUUUCGUGGAAUGAAAUGCACAUGCUGCAACCUUGUCCAACAAAAAGAUAAUGCUUUUUGCUGUUUGCUUUUGUUAAUUCCCCUUUCCGUUUGGCUAGCUAACAGUCAAUUAGAGUGAUCAGUUAUCACAGACACCCAAUGCCAUUUUGCAGAUACAAUUUGGCGAAAACUGCUCACCGAUUAACGGUUUAUUUUUUCAACCCAUCUAAAAAGCACAAUGGCUGAAAAAAACAAUUUCUUAAUCCUUCACAUGCACAAAAACAAAACUGAUCGACUAUCUAGUAGCAAUUGGUAAACGGAAAUAAACACGCAUUACCUGGGAGAGAUUUUUAAAUAGUUUUUUAUGACAGAACUUUACCUGUCCCAAAAUUCAAAGCACAUGAAAGUACAUCUAUAUUUCCACCAUUUUAUCUACCACCUUUUUAUAGAAGGAACACAUUUUUCCCAGAAGUAACAUCAAGAUAGCGAAACACAGCACUAAGAAAAGCAAUUCAAGUUUCAUUACUUUGGAAAAAAAAUGAAGGAUGGGGGGGUAAACAAAAAUUGCCAUGAAAAUCUGAGCAAAAAAAAUAUUCGCGGGUAAAGUUCUGCAGUAUAAGUGGCCCCCGAUCAUUUGGUUGUCAUUUUAAAUACACGUGAUGAGGACCUUGAAAAAACAAAUCACAUAUUAAAUUGCAAUCACAAUACUUUGGAAUUGCAAUUAGAUUGUAUUCCAAAAUCGUUCAGCCCUAGUAGCAGCUGUGGAGGAGACCGUUUACGGAUGGAGAAAAGAGUGAGAAUGUAGCCUGAGAAUGUUGAAGAUUCUUUGCACAUCCAACUGAAAAAAAUAUCUACAGUAUAUCUAUAUGUUGUUCUGGCUCCACGUCACUCGCCCUAAGGGAGAAGUUUGUAGUUUCCAGGAAUAGUCCUCGUACACUGCAUUUCUCCUCCCUCUGUCACCACUUCCUCACUGGAGGUCACCCCCUCUUAUGGGAAUGCACUUCCUGAUUGGAAUGCACUUGGACGACUCCAGCUUGCGUUUGGAGCCCUCCAAUCUUGAAUCCAUUCCUGUCGGCCGGUGUCUGUUGCGCGACGCCGACACACGAAGCGCAGCGCGUUCCGUCGCUCGUCUUACAAUCCAACUUGUUAAGAAUCAAUCACGCCCUCUUUUUGUCCACUAACACCUCCGUGUGUUUAUGUCUGUCUAUGUGUGCUUAAGUACAACAAACUGGAAUCCGUGCUUUAUUCAUUCCAGUAUCGUCAGCGAGUCCACCCUACCAACUCAUCUCCUCGAUGUACCACAGAGACCUCCUUAAACAGCAGACUGUGACCUUGGGGAAUGACCCAGAGAAUCACGUUUGCCUUUGUCUCGAGUCUGCGCAUUUACCAAAAUUUAAGCAAUAGAGCCCACAGCGGGGCUAUCCUCAUUAGAUAUUUUUCCAAAAAAAAAGUCCACCUUGUCUCACCCCAACUUAAAUAUUGAUGCACUAUUUCCAUCCUCCAUUUUCUAAGCUUGUUGAUUCCCCAUCUCGCUGAUGUUUGAUCACAUUUUCUUCUUGUAUUUUCCUCUGUUUGUCCGUGGUUAAUUAGUCAACAAACUUUUGUCUCACCCCACGCGAAGGGAAUAUGUUUGGAAAACUGACAUGCAUUUAAAAAAAAAUGUUUACAAAUUAGCCAAGAUGAAUGCUGCAGUUUCCUCCCGCUCACUGAAGAUAUAAGUUCAAUUCGAAGACACGGAAACAUGCAAAGGUUUUAGUAAUUAGGCAGCACAUCAUGCACGCCGAAACAUUCCUACUAAAAAAAUAUGACUUCCAACUGGCUGUUUUGCUUUGUGUUGAGCAGAAAAUGUUUACGUUAAAAAUGUCUGGCCUCUGGCCUUAUCUAAAAAAAAAGUAAUUACAGGGUGUCUCUUAAGUCAGGACACUUAAAUAUUUUCAAGAAGUUACAUUUCCAACAUUCCAUUGAAUUCGAAUACAGUGUUCCCCACAUAUUCAUAUUUUUUUUCAUGGCAGUAACCUACCCUCUAACAAAAAAGUGGUGCUUUGGUGGUAUCUUUGUGCCAAGGAACCAUGUUGAAGCGAUGGUAGGAGUUUCAUUUCGUUAUGACAUAUCCUUAUCUAAUAGAAAAAUGUUGUGCUUUGGCACCAUUUUGAGAUCUAGGAACGGGUAAAUAGUCACUUAUAGUACAAAGCACCUUACAUGGUUUCCUUAUUUACUUAGCAACAUAAAGAGGAACUGGGGGUUCAGCGUCUUGCUCAAGGACACUUAGACAAGGUCGCAAUGGCCAGGGAUUGAAUCCUGAACCUCUGGGUUGGGGGACGAUCCCCCCACCACUGAGUGCGGUGUGCCAAAGGUAGUGCUGAGUCAUCGUCUUGUUGCAUAUAUGGGCAAUUCACCAAGUACCGGUACUCAAAUAGUAGGAGGAAAAAACGUAUUAACGUCUUUUAAAUAAUUUGCAACAUUUGUUAGGCAAAUUGUUGAUGCCUUUUGCAAAAUUCAGGUAAACUCAAUGCAAUAACUCAACAUUGCUGUCAGUUAUAUGUCCCGACUUCAGGGACGCCCUGUAUGAGUGAUUUUGAUGCUAUUUGCAAUACGGCUGCCUUUUUCUUUUUUUUUUAAAUACACGUCGUCUCCUAUGCAGUAAACACAGCAGGACCGCUCAGCCGAUUGCUAGUUUGCUCUGCCGUUCUUCUCUCUGCUUGUCAUUGUGGCUGUUAAACAGCAGCUGGGCAACCAACCUGCACUAGAAUACGUGCUCCCGCUUGCCAUGCAAUUCUGAAAACAAAUAAAACCUCAGUGGAACUCUUCAGAAGAGGCCAAAAAAAUGUUUUAACCCGCAUAUGUUCGUAAUAUAUAGUAAUAGUGUUCCCAACCUUUAUUCACGCAAGGCACAUUUUCUGAGAAAAUUCUCACAGUACACCAUCAAAAACCAAACUCACAAGACGUAUACUCAACGCACAGGAACUUAAAAAUGUCGGGCUGCGGGGGGUGGGCAAUUACAGUGCACUAAAACCUUUAGAGGUGACCUUAAUUUGACCUCCAAAACUUUGAAUGUACAUGUCCAACAAUUGUUGGAAAUGUUUCAGAAGCUCAAUGGCAAAAAUCUCUAACAGAUGUUUGAUCCAUUACCUGGUUCUGCUACAAUUGGACAUCAGGACACCUAGAGCAGUGAUUCCCAACCGUUAUUGAAGCAAGGCACAUAUUUUAAGUUCGACAAAUCGCACGGCACACCACCAAACAGAAUUGUCACAAACAGAGGAUACAUAAGUCCAUUUCAUAUGGACUUAUGUAUCAAUGCCAUCAAAGUUGCUGGCAUUGAUAGAGAGACAAAGAUACAUUUAUUUGUUGUGCGCCGUCACUCUGGCUGGAAAUCACUGUUUCAUCUGAGAUUUUCUUUGACGGUGGCGCGCAAACACCCCAUACGAACGCCAAUGAUUUAUAUGUCAAUAGAAAAGAAUUUAACUCCAGGUUUUUUUAUUUGGUGGGCAGCAGAAAUAUUACCCUGUGCUGCCACACAUAUCGCACAUGCCAGAGUCUGCCACUAGUUUAGAGGUCUAAUUAAGUUCACUUUUCAAGUGCGUUAAUGAAAUUAACUUUUUGUGAGGAUACUAAAAUAAUGGUGAUGUCGUCUUCAUUUACUUCAUAGUCUGUGUGAAAUGGGCCUGCUUAGCUGAAAAAAAAUAUAUUCUGUUAUAUGAAUGAUGGCUGUACAAAUGGAAAAACGGAUACAUUGUAGUUUCUGCCAUCUAUGCAUUGUUGUUGUCACAAAAUCAUUUUGGAAUCAAUCUAGAGUAAGAUCAAUAUGAUUUAAGGCCAUUAUGCAAACAGGUUUUUGAAAUUGUGAUUUUUGCAAGACUUGGGAAAAAACGUAGGCCUGUUCGGAAAACGUUUCCCCACCCCUGAUUUAGUGUCAACAAUCGCAAGGUAUUCAUCCCAUUUCGGGUCGUGAGCUUUGCCGCCUCUGUCUUUACCUUUUGGCCACCGGGGGCCCUCUGUUAUGUUGUUGUUGUGCCACACCAGCCUUUUUUUUUCACUUGUUUUGACAUGGCUGACGGUGUGUUGCUGUGAGUACUUGCACUAAAUAUCCCCUUCUUGGCAGUGUUGUCGCUGUCGUUUGAAGAAUCGCAGGGCAGAAAGUCCUUUGCGCAUCUAUUCGAGAUCCUGAGGUUUAUGUACUAGAAUGCUUUUUGUCCUCACUAGUAGAACUUUGGAAAAGAAGUCAGACAAGUCCAAGGUACUCAGGAAGAAAAACUGCACACCAGUUGACAUCUACAUACUACUAGUUAAGCGCUAAAUGUUCGGAGAAUUGCAUUUUAUAUUCUUGCUAUUUUCUGUUCGGUGUUCUGUAAAGCGCUUUGUUACCGCUUCAGCUGUUCUGAAAGCGCCAUAUAAAGAUGUAAAGAGGUCAAAAUAAGCUAUUCGAAUCAAUUGAAUCUAAAUAUACUUUCUUUUUGAUGAUUUGACAUUAUUUCCAAGAUAUUACUCAAGUAAAUAUCUGUUACAUACGUUGUAGAAAAAUGUGCUUCAUUGCCGUUGUGGAAAAUUGUGCGACUAAUUUGUUGAAAAUUUCUCAUUGCUUGACAACACACACACACAAUUUAUAUAUGAGUUUUAUAAUGUUCCUACUCUCUAGCAUGCGAGUACAAUCUUGAAGUUUCAGCCUUUAUUUGGUCUGCUGUGCCGAAUUGUCUUAUUAGUGAGGACAAUGAGCGCAGUCGUAUGUGGACCUUAAGGUGAAUAUGGAAUAAAUGCUCAAUCACUUGCCCGAGUUGUGUGCCGUUGUCAUACACGAGCUUUGACCGCGAUUGUUUGAUGCCUUAACUCCCGCUUUGUACAAUAUGUGCGUGUGUGUGAGUGGUGGUGGACUUCCCAGAGAUGAAUUUUGAGGAAACAAACAAACAAACAAACAAACAAAAAACAGAACAGUUUCUAGUUUAAAGAUGUAUUUUUCCCCGAUUUUGAUGUUCUUAUUUUGGGGGCACAAAAUGACACUGCUUUGUAUGUGAAGUUGUGAUGUGUAACUGCGUAAGAAAAAAAAAUGUAUUUUUUUUCUCCUCUCCAAAUGCCUAAAUCUGCAAAACAUAUGCAAAGAUGUAAAUGUAACAUUCAAUCCUCAAGUAUAAUCCAGGUCGUCUGAACUUUGUAUAAUGACUUUUACUAUUUUAUGGUUGUACCGAUAUGUAUUGAUCGUUUAUCAAAAGCCUUAUAGAGUUGUCCACCCAAAGUGCACCCUUAGAACUACCCUACACCUACCUGAAUUUAACAAAGCAUUAAUAUUUCUAUUUUCUUGUUUCUUUUUUUAAUUAUUAUUAUUUGUACCCUUUUAUUGGAUAAAUUAGAUUUGUACUGUAUAUUUGUACCUCUGUGAACUACUUAGGCCGUUUAUUAUUAUUUUUUUGGUUCUUUAUUUUUGUUUGGCUGUUUGAAUUUUAUGUACUUUAAGGACACAAAGAUAUUGUAUUUUUAUUGUUACAGCUAACUUGGAGAUGUUGCAUUCAACAUGUUAAGACGACACAAUAUAAUAUAUAUACAUAUAUACAUAUAUAUACACAAAUAUAAAUCUAAACUAUUAUCAAAAUGGUGUCCUAUUUGUCUGUUGUAUUGGUUGUGAAAUGUUUCCAUGUACACAAAAGGCCCAUUUCUCGCAUAUUGUUUACAAUCUGUGUUGGUGAGCUCUUCCCCUUCGCUGAGAUAAUCCAGCCACUUCAAUCAGUCACAUGUCGUGUUGAACUUGGACUGCGACAACACCCAGACCUCAGAUGUAUGUUUUGCUGUUUUAUUAUUCAAUUUUUUCUCCAAUGAAUAGAUCAUCGGUAAAAAAUAGACCGUUAUAGAUUUUUUAAGGCCUAUGCCAAUACUUGUAUUUGGCAGAAUAAAAUUAAACUAAUUGUCCGAUUAGCUAAAAAAUAUUGAGAAUAAAUACAAUAACUUCCAUUUUUUCCCCUUAACAGACAGCAAAAUGAAUUAGAGGCAUUUACGCCCCCUCCACCCCCAAGAGAGAAGAUAACAUUUUAUUUGUAAGUACACCUCUGCAUAGCAUUGUAUCCUUAACAUGAAAGAAAACAAUGAAGAAUCACUUUAUUAAAAUGUGUGUCACAGAAAA